AUGGGAUGUGCCUUGAAAGCAAACAUGCUGCAAGAAUGGCGUAAACAUUUCAUUCUUGAAGAAGGUAUGCUUGAAGUGGACUGCACAUCGCUAACACCUGAGGCAGUGCUUAAGGCUUCUGGACACGUUGAUCGCUUUGCGGAUUGGAUGGUGAAAGACCUUAAGACCGGAGAAUGUUUCCGCGCUGAUCAUCUUAUAAAGAAUGCAGCGGAGAAGAUCAUCGCUGACAAGAAAGCUGACGAGGCUACCAAAACAGCACUGCAGGAUGUUCUGGCUCGUCUUGAAGGGUUUGAUGAUAAAGACAUGCAAGAGCAAAACGGAAAUGAAGACGAGAACAGAAGACGAAACAUGAGCUCACCGUGUCCUCCAGUUUCUUCUUUCUCGCUUUCAAUUCAACGACCGCUUUAUCAAUAUCGAUCUUUGGAGCACCAUUCGCCUGAAGCAACAGGGACAGAAUUCAUUGACCAUUCAACACAGUCCGAAAAUGCUUGA